AUGAAACGCAUAAAUGAACUAAUACUUAGGACUAGAAGUAUUCCAAGAGAAUUUUAUGAUAGUGUGAGUUAUGAUGAGUAUGUUCAUACAAAAAAUAGUGAAGAAGCUCCAACACAAAAACGAUCAAAAGAAAGUCAAAAGAAUAAGAAAUGUUGUAAACAAUAUGUAAAUAAAAAAGAAAUAUUGAACGAGCAAGAAGACAUAAGUCUUUUUGAUGGAUUAAACAAUGACGAAAGUAGUAAAAGUAGAUUAAGAGAUGUUAGGAAAAGAAAUAAACUUAAUGAAGAAAGAAGGAAAGACAUAGAGAAGAUAACUCAAAAUAAUUAUAUUAUUCAAAACUUUGAAGAUCAAAUUGAGAAAAAAGAAAAUGAUAAUAAUAGUAAUAAUAAUGAAAAUGAUAGUUCUACUGAAUUAGAAUAUUUUAAUUGCAUUGAUUCUUCUAAAGAAAAAAAGCCAAGAAAAAAAACACCUAAAAAGAAAAAUGUUAGAGAAUUUAUUAAAUCUUUACAAAACAAAAAAACUAAACGAAGUUAUAAAGAACAAAUUAAGUAUUUUGAAGAAAUUGAAAAACGAGUAAACCAACAAUCAUUAACUAAAGUUUAUCCUCAUUUUCAAAAGAAAGAAACAUCUUUUAUUCAAAUAGCCAGUGAACAAAACGACAAUAAUAAUGUAAAUGAUACUCAUGAAAUUAUUGAUUUAAAUGUUGAUGAUGGUAUAGAUUUAGAAAAUAAUGAAAUUGUUAUUAAUCGUGUCAUUCCUGAAAUGUCAUUAAUUGGAGUAAAUGAAAUGAAAGAAAAUCAAAAGAACUACAGAGAUAAUAGUAAUGAACGGCAAUAUAUUAAUAUUGAUUAUAUUAGUCAUGUACCAGUUUGUAAACAUGCUAGAAGUAGAAGUAAUAGUAGAGAAAGAACUAAAAGAAGUUAUAGUAAAGAAGAGUAUGAAAAUUAUGAAAGAAAAAAUGACAAAGAAUGUUCAAAGAUUUUAUUAGCAGAUAAAGAAAUGUGGGAAGAAUUCAAAGAAUUUGUAAAAUUUAAACAAAUGUUACAACAAGAAGAGAAUAAUAAACAAGAGAUUUUUGAAAAAGUAUUAACCGAAAGUUAUAGAAAUAGAAAUAAUUAUAAUGAUGAUAAAUGUCAAGCUAAAGAUGGCUCUUUAUAUGAUCCAAGUUUUUGUAAAAAAUAUUCAUUAUCAGAACAAUCAAGAAAAUCAAUAAUAACAAACGAAGAUAUUAAUUCAACUAGACUUAUUGAACGAAGAAAAAGAAGAAGAAUGAAAUAUUAUUGGUAA